AUGGCUUUUAAAAUAUCAGAAACUUUUUUGACGCUCACCCAAAGCGUCAAGCACCCUACACAAAACGCUCUGUCAUAUUGGAAUAAAAGUGCUAAUAACGCCACGAAGAGUAUCAGGCAAUUAUCAACGUGUCAGAUUAGAGCGAAAACUUUUGUCCCAUAA